AUGAUUGGACAAUACAGCCUCAAACAACUACUCGAGUAUGGAUAUUUCCAUGCAGAUCCAAAUCCUGGGAACCUUUUAGCAAUGCCUUAUGGGAGACUUACUUUUCUCGACUUCGGAAUGAUGAGUGAGACACCGGAAGAUGCGCGAUCUGCUAUAAUUGGUCAUGUUGUUCACUUGGUUAACCGAGAUAACGAAGCUAUGGCUCGUGACUACUAUGCUCUUGAUUUCCUUUCACCGGACGUCGAUGUUUCUCCAAUUACACUAGUGGAUGGUCUUGGGAAUGUUCUGUAUCAAUUUCCGUUUAAUGUCCCAGCUUACUAUGCUCUGAUAUUGAGGUCUCUAGCUGUUUUAGAAGGUUUAGCACCUAAUGCCGAUCCCACCUUCAUGGUGCUUGCAGUUUCAUACCUGUAUUUCGCUAAGCGGCUUUUAACAGAUUCAAAUCCAUAUCUGAGAGAUGCUCUUAUUGAGUUGCUUUUCAAAGAUGAGAAGUUUAGUGCAGUUUCCGAUUUUAUAAGGACUCUAGUUUUCAAUGGCAAAGCAAAUAGCCCCCUUAUGUUGUCAGAAUACGAAAUGCCAAAGCAUGAGUAUAUUGAAUAUUUUGGUCAAGAUUAUGCCCUUCAUGUUGCCCCAAGUAACAUGGAAAACGAAAGUACUCGACUUUUACUCGAUAGUAUCCGAUCUAAGCUACUUGAGAAUCUCUCAAAGCUACAGCAUGCUCCCAGUGUUAAACUUCAGGAAACACCACAAGUACCUGAAAACCAACAGAAUUUAAAGAGAAUGAGCGAAAAUAACUAG